AUGUCCCGCUACCAGCGCCCCCCCAACACUUCUCUUUUCGUGAGAAAUGUGGCUGACUACACUAGAUCUGAAGAUUUAUGGCGUGAAUUUGGUCGUUAUGGCCCUAUAGUCGAUGUGUAUGUUCCACUUGACUUUUAUACUCGACGGCCAAGGGGAUUUGCUUAUGUUCAAUUUGAGUUUGUCCGCGAUGCUGAAGAUGCUUUACAAAAUUUGGACAGAAAAUGGAUUUGUGGUCGUCAAGUCGAAAUACAGUUUGCGCAGGGGGAUCGAAAAACACCAAAUCAAAUGAAAGCCAAGGAAGGGAGGAAUGUGUACCGUUCUUCACGCUAUGAUGAUUAUGACAGAUACAGACGUUCUAGAAGCCGAAGUUAUGAAAGGAGGCUAUCAAGAAGUCGGUCUUUUGAUUACAACUAUAGAAGAUCUUAUAGCCCUAGAAACAGUAGACCUAUUCGAAGACGACGGCGUAGCAGAAGCCAUUCCGACAGCGAUAGAUUCAAACACCGAAAUCGAUCUUCUUCAACAUCUACAUCCAAGAUCACGGUCCAAGUCCAAGCCCAAGAGAGAAACGAAGGCUAA